AUAUAUCUCUAUGGUGACAGCCCUCUUGAAUCAAACCCUGGAAACGGAAAUAUCAGCAAAAUGAAGUCGGAUUUUGUUGAACAGCUAAAAUUUGACUAUUUGUGGCCAGGGCUUUGAAGAAGAGAGUUAUUCAUUUUUUUGCAGAUUGAUACCAGUACACAUGGCAGUGGCAGGUAAAAACGACUUUGCAGUUCUCAACACCGGGCGGAAGAUGCCUCUCCUUGGGCUGGGAACAUGGAAGAGUGAACCUGGCAAGGUUAAACAGGCAGUAAUCUGGGCCUUGCAGGCUGGCUACCGUCACAUCGACUGUGCUGCCAUCUAUGGCAACGAGGUGGAGAUCGGAGAAGCUCUGCAGGAGACACUUGGCCCUGACAAAGCCUUGAGGCGAGAGGAUGUGUUUAUCACCUCCAAGCUGUGGAACACACAGCAUCACCCGGAGGAUGUGGAGCCCGCUCUGCUGAAGACACUGAAGGAGCUGAGUCUGGAGUACCUGGAUCUAUACCUCAUCCACUGGCCCUAUGCCUUCCAACAAGGUGACGCUCCUUUCCCCAAGUCGGAGGACGGCACCCUGCUGUACGACGACAUCGACUACAAGCUGACUUGGGCUGCCAUGGAAAAGCUGGUGGGAAAGGGCCUGGUCAGGGCUAUCGGCCUGUCCAACUUCAACAGCAAACAGAUAGACGACGUUCUCUCCGUAGCCAACAUCAAACCCACUGUGCUUCAGGUGGAAAGCCAUCCCUAUCUGGCUCAGGUGGAGUUGCUGGGACACUGCCGGGACAGAGGCCUGGUGAUUACAGCGUACAGCCCACUGGGGUCACCGGAUCGGGCAUGGAAGCAUCCUGAUGAGCCCGUCCUCCUGGAUGAAGCAGCAAUCGACACCCUGGCCAAGAAGUACAACAAGUCUCCAGCACAAAUUAUCCUUAGAUGGCAGACACAGCGAGGAAUAGUGACGAUCCCUAAAAGUGUGACAGAAUUUCAGAUCAAAGAGAAUAUUCAGGUCUUUGACUUUACCCUGGAAGCGGAAGAGAUGAAGUGUAUAACAGCAUUGAACAGAGGCUGGCGCUACAUUGUACCAACUAUCACAGUUGAUGGGAAGCCCGUCCCCAGGGAUGCAGGACAUCCACACUACCCCUUCAGUGACCCCUAUUGAGCAAUUCCCCACUCUGCUGCCCUAUUUUGUGCCUUGGGAACUCACUCCCCUUCCUCAACCCCCUCCAAGGCUGUGUCCCAAUUCCAUUAAAUGUCUUCCUCCUUCCUAACCACUGAUUUGAUAAGGGAAAAGAGGGCCAUUUAAGCAGGGCUGCCCAACACUCUUCCUGGAGAUCUACAGUCCUGUGGGGUUUCAGUCCAACCCUAAUUUAACACACCUGAUACUACUAAUUAGCUGCUCAACAAGACCUUAACUUGCUGAAUCAGAACCGCUAAAUUAGGGUUGGACUAAAAACCUACAGGACAGUAGAUCUCCAGGAAGCGGGUUUGGCAGCCCUGGCUUAAGGGGAAAGAAGGUUGUGGAAAAUCCAUCUCCUUUCAGAUCAUUGGUCAUGGUGGUGUGGGGUGACAAGAAAAGGGGUAUUUUUGAGAGUAUUGGGACAUAGCAUGUUCUUCAUAAUAUUUUUUUGUUUGUUACUGCCCUGUUUCCUUUUGUGACGAGGAGUAAUUACAAUGCUUGUUUACCAGGAGGGAAAACUAUGAAGGGAGAGUUAACAUGCAGAAACAGUCUAACAACUCUGUCUGACCUGCUUUUGGACUCUGGCUGCACAAAAGCACUGAAGUGACAUGUUUAUGGAUAUGCAGUGUUAUGUUUUAAACUAACUUGCCUACUUAAAUAAAAUAAAAAUGUUUUGUAUUUUAAAUA